GAAGAGUUGAUUGGUGGAAAUAAUAACAGGGAAUGGCAAGUAGUAAAAGGUGUAGUUUCUAAGGAGAAUCAAAGUAUAAGGGGGAGUUCUCCUGUGCAAAUUGAUGGAAAUAGAUUGCAGAAGGAGGUGGAGCAAGUUAUGUUAAAUGAUGUUUUGGUUACUCAAGAUAAGGGUAUUGUUACUUUGGGGCAGUCUACUUAUUCACCUCAAGGAGAUGGUAAUGGAGUGGAAUUUUUGUCUAAUUUUUUAGCUGGCCAAAUGAAUGUUUGUUUGGGUCAAAAUAUUUUGAUUGAUUCUCCAAUGCAAGUGGAUCAGGUUAAUCCUAUUUUUGAAACUAGUCAAAGUAUAGUUGUGUUGAGUUCUAGUGAGGUGGGAUCUAAGAGUAUCGUUGGUCAAGAUAAUAAUCAAUAUGUGAAUCAGAUGGUUAUUCCUAAAAUAUCUAGUUCUCUGGCUAGGUUGGAGACAAUUAAGGGGAAUGUGAGGGAUGGAAAAGAUAGUUUUGAGUUCUGCCAUCUGAAUAAGCUAGCUUCUCAGUUUGGGAACUUUGCCUUUUAUGUUCAUCAUUUUUCCACUUCUAGAGGAUCUUCUUUGGCUUUGGACGAUGAACAUGAUUUGGUAAGAAAUAGAGAACCUCAUGAUAAAGGCUACUUUUUAGAUUCUUGUAGUACGUUACAUAGCAGUGAAUUGUUGAGAAGAGUUGUAGUUGAUAGUGAAGGUUUUGAAGAUUCUGAUGAUGUAUCUUUCGAAUUUUCAUCUGCUGAGGUGGAAAAUAGACUGAGGUCGAGAGAGGAGGGUUUGCCUCUUCAUGUUUAA